AUGAUUUCUGCUGAAGACACCCGGGUCUCGUUGCGAGCGCAAGUUCAGCACCAGACGCUUCUUCUUCUGCAGGCGCGAAGCGCAGGCCGCCAGGCGCCUGAAGGCGGAACAAGCGAGAACACGCACGCAAAUCUCUCCGGGGCGCGCAACAGCGUCGUCGGCAACCCGCCGGCUGCCUCCGGUGUAGCUCGGUCGAACGCAUCGGAACGACAGAGGCGGUCUGAGACAGGUGUCGGGGCGGAAAGAGCUGGAGAGGCGACAGGGAGGAGGGGGGAAGAGCACGACGGAAAGGGACGGGACAUCGAGACGGAAACGCCGGCAGACAGCUACGAAAAAACAGAUGGAAGUAGAGACUCGAAGACUAGCGAUGAAGCUUUGACACCCGGCGCAACGCCAGCAGACUGCGGAGAAGCGAAUGCCCCGAGACAGAGAGCUGACGACUGGCAUGACAAUGGAGCUCGUGAGGCGCGACGCGCAGAGAGACAGAGAGAGCGAGAGCGCCUGCUGGCCCUCAAGCCUGAUGCGCGCUUCGAGGAUCCUGCGGAUCAACGAAGGAUCCAAGAAGCCGUCGCAACGUUGGGAAACCAGAGACUCAAAACUGAUGAAACCUACGCCGUUGAGAGCAUCUUCAACGAGCGGCUCUACGUCCUCGCGCGUCUUCGUGGCGAUGUUGAGGCCCGCAUGCGAGCCUGGGUGUCUGUGAUACGCGCACACCUAGAAGAGCUGCAAGCCUACGAGACAGGAAAUAGUGCGUGGGAAGGCGAGGGCCAGGCACCAGGCGAGGCAAUUGAUGGCGACGCAAUCGAUGGCGACACAAUCGAUGGCGACACAAAGGCGAACGAGCGAAAGGUGGACGUGGAGCUGGUGUUCUGGAUCGGAGAGUUUGUCGUUGCCACUGUCGAGAAGCUGCUGGCGGCUACGGCAGCGGGCAGCCAGUGGUUUGCGGCCUCGCCUUCUUCUUCCUCGUCGUCGUCCGCUCCGGCCAGCUGGAACGUCAGCGACUCUAUUGCCCUCGUCGAGGCUAUUCUUCCGGAAGGAGAGAAAGUCGACGUCGACCUCCAGAUUCCCCUCCGCCAUCUCUGCUCGUUGGAGCGAUGUGUCCACGUGGCAGAGGCUGGCGUGCAAGAGACUGCAGACGCUGAAGGAGACACCAGCCGUGCACGGGUCCCGCGGGCUUCUUCAGAAGGCCUUUCAGACUCACGGGAGAAGUCUCCGCCUCUGUUCCCCGUCCCAGGCCUGGCCCCACAAGCGGACGCGCCGCCGGAGUUUGGCAAGGCGAAGGCAAGAACGCGACAGACCUCGUCGUCCCUCCUGCGGGCAGAAGAGCUCGAGCUGAGAUUGCUCUUUUUCGACGUCGCAGGAAGGACGAGCCGCAGAAAGGCCAGAGAGCAGACAACGCGUGGAAACAGAGGAGCCUUUGACAGAGACGAGCAACCGGCCGGGACGCCGUGGGCGGGGAAUGAAGACCGCGUGCACCCUCCCAGAGGCGACAGACUCACUCAGUUCACGGAGGCACGACGACAGGCACUCAUCGUCCAAGUUCUCAAGCUUGUGGAGAGCAUUUGCACAGAGCUGGUGGGGUUCGACGAGAGCGUCUGUCGCCUGCAUGCCGAACGAGGCCGGCUCAUGGAGCUCUCGAAGCUCGCCGAGUUGCAGCAUCUUGUGCUUCUCGACGAGUUGACCCUUUUGAAUCUGAUGGAAGAAGAAGACAAUCGGCUGCAGCAGAGACUCUGCGAGGACAGGCGCGACUUGGAGUCCGUGCGGCGGCGGCUGGCCCGGCUCGAGGAGGAACUUUUCGAAAAGAAGGAAGCAAUCGCAGAGUGCACGGCGACAGAAGAAGUCGUCAAGCAGCUGCUGGCGGACCUUCUCGGCGCCAAAAAUGCUUUUGCACCACAGCUUCUGCAACUCUUCAACCGGAAAGUGAAGAAAGCGAGGCGCCCGGCGAACGCGAACGAGGACGAGGAAGACGACGACGAGGAUCUUCGCCAGCUGGACGACGAAGACGAGGAGGACGACGAGGAUGAUCUCGAAGAAGAUGCAGCCCCUCCCGGCUGUGACAUGCAGCUGUACGAGAACGUGCUCGAGCUGCGGGAUAUCAAGUUCGAGACGGAGAUGAAGGCGGCUGCGCUGAGGAAGGAGGAGCAGGCCAAGCAAGCGGGACUGGAGAAACAGCACGGCCAGCGCGUGAAACAGACGGACGAAGACAUCCAAAAAUACCAAAAGGAAAAGCAGCAGCGCGCAAAUCAAAUUCGACAGAUUGUCCCCGUGACAGCCUCGCAGAUCGAGUGUCUGUACACUGACGACUCGCCGGAGCACGGAAAUUCUGGCCCGCCUCGCGUUCGGCUGCCUCCAGAUUUGAAGAAAGAGGUGGUUUUCACGCGCUCUGCGUUCGGGAGGCUGUACCAGAGGAUCAAAGACCUCCGCGUCGAAACGGAGGCAGCUCGGGCGGAGUACCGGGAUCUCACCCGCAGCUUUGCUGUCUCUCAGAGAGGAAAGAAGCAGACGAUGAAGGUCAUUGAGCGACUGAACCAGAAAUUUAAAGAUAUGCAGCUCCUUCGCUUCGGUGAGGGGGUGUCUAUCGAGCAACUGGAGCAGGCGGCCGCAGCUGUGGCUGUCGAGAAAGAGCGAAAAAGGAACCGAGAUAACCAAGCAGACCGAGCAGCUGCAUCUCUUGAGUCCCAGAUCAUUGCUGAGAGGCGCAGAACGGUGGAAGAGCUCUCAACCACUCGGUCGGCUCUUCUUCAGCAAAAUACCCAGCUGCUGCGAACUGUGGCCAGCCUGAAGGAAUCCGACAUCCUUCUCCGGCAAACUCUCGAUAACGACGGUGGCACAACAGCGACCUCUCUGAAUAAAGACGGCCUUGCCGACGCGCAGAGAACACGAACGGUGGAGAAACUCAAGGAGGUGCUGAAGCUACAGGAGAAGGAAAUUGAGACGCUGAAAAAAGAAAUCGAGCUCUUUAAACUCAAAGGAGCCCACAUUGAGCCGGAAGUUCUCUAUGGCCACAGACAGCGCUACUUCUCUCCGGUGCGGUCAGAAGGCCGGAUGGGGGAGGACGAGACGAAAGUUAAGCAGAGUCUGCCUCUCUUGUAG